UGUGACGCUUGCUACUGCUUGUAGAUGAAACAACUCACUGUCCUGACUGCUCCUGCAGGGCCGUCGGCGACACCCGAAACCUCAAAAAAUCCGUCCAGAUCCAAGAAACGUCCCAAGCAAGGACUGAUGAAGAGCAAGAAAAAGAUCACGCAUCUGCAUGUGAUAUGUAUGAUGCGCCUGCACCUUUGGUACGGAUCUUCUCCCCCUCGCAUCGGUUGGUCUCUGUCAAUUCGAGCCGAGUGCCCCGAGUAUUCCCUCGCAGGCAGCUGUCCUGUGCCUGUAACAGCGGCAGCUACCAACAGCAACACACACAGCUUCCUCUUUACUCUGACUUGACAUGGGAACAAAGCCAGCCACCAGCCACUCAAGCAUAUCAUUCAACCAAUGUACCUGUACCUUUCCUCCUCUCUUCAUUCCAUCUUCCCAUCCCAAAUAUCUCAAGCAUCUUUCUGAGUUCAUCUCCUCCUUCCCAUCCAUUGCUAGCUAGGGUUUCUUAAGUCUUGGCCUCAGUUCUUCUUCUUUGUCUUUUGAUUGGCACACUAAGAAAGCGCCAUGGAUAGCUUCAGGGAUCUUGGCGGAGGCGGGAGCAGUGCUUCCAAGGCUUCCUUCUUGCAGCUUCCUUUGCUGCCGGCAUCGUCGUCAGCACAGGGGUUUCCGUCACCGGACGGGCAUCACCACAGCUCAAGACUCGCGCUGCAGCAGUUACUUGCCGACCCGUCGGCCGCGCAACAUAGCCACCGGAAGGACGGUUCACUUGCACAAGGAGAGAUUUCGCCGGUAGAUGCCGAGACCAUCAAGACCAAGAUCAUGUCGCACCCACAGUACUCGGCCCUCGUCGCUGCCUACUUGGACUGCCAAAAGGUUGGUGCGCCGCCGGAUGUGUCAGAUAGGCUCUCGGCCAUGGCGGCGAAGCUGGACGCACAGCCGGGGCCAAGCCGGCGGCGGCACGAGCCGACGCGUGCUGACCCGGAGCUCGACCAGUUCAUGGAGGCUUACUGCAACAUGCUGGUGAAGUACCAGGAGGAGCUGGCGCGCCCGAUCCAGGAAGCUGCGGAGUUCUUCAAGAGCGUGGAGAGGCAGCUCGAUUCGAUCACCGACAGUAACUGUGAAGGCGCUGGGUCGUCCGAGGAUGACCAGGACGCGAGCUGCCCUGAGGAGAUCGAUCCCUGUGCCGAGGACAAGGAGCUCAAGCACCAGCUCCUGAGGAAGUACGGCGGCUACCUGGGCGGCCUCCGGCAGGAGUUCACCAAGAGGAAGAAGAAAGGGAAGCUCCCCAAGGAGGCCAGGCAGAAGCUUCUCCACUGGUGGGAGCUGCACUACAAGUGGCCCUACCCUUCUGAGACGGAGAAGAUGGCGCUGGCGGAGACGACAGGGCUGGACCAGAAGCAGAUCAACAACUGGUUCAUCAACCAGCGGAAGCGGCACUGGAAGCCGACAUCGGAGGACAUGCCGUUCGCGAUGAUGGAGGCGGCGGCGGCGGCGGGCGGGUUCCACGCCCCGCAGGGCGCCGCGGCGCUGUACAUGGCGGACAGCAGGACGGCGUUCAUGGCGCCGGACGGCAUGUACCGGCUGGGGUCGUGACGGGCUAGUGCCACUGCUGCUAGCUGCAUGUACAUGCAUGCACGUUCGGACGGACGCCCAGCAAAUUAAAGUUGCCGGUCGAUGGUGUUGGGGGUUACUGUGGACGUCCAGCAAAGAUUGCCGAUCCAUGGCAGCGGCAGGGUAAAAAGCCUAAAUCUGCUGCUCGCGGUACGGUGAUUAUUGAGGUAGUGCUUGAACUGUUGGUUGAUGGCCAUUGUUGCUAUUCGGCCGUAAAUACACAGUAAGUGAUUCCCUGCAAAGUAGCUAGGCAUCAUGGUUUUCUUUUACAGUUUUCUUCUAAAGAUGACGACUAAACAUUUGGUAACAUUCUCAGCUUGUGCCUUGAAUUGCCCUGGUAAUAUGAACUGGAGGAGAACGAACCGUGUAUGUUUUGUGUGUAGUAACUAUUACCCAGAUGGGUGAUUCAGGUCAA